AGCUUGUGGAGCACGUUAGUACUGAGUGUUGCUUCCGUAUUAAGGCUAAGGGGAGAUUGUCAUUCAGCUGAAACUGACACAGACGCGCAUGUGCUGAUGUGUUUGGCACCGAUGUGUCGUCAGUUCGUUGGAUGUUGACGCAGCGUUCUCCAGAAGGUGUGUGUCACCGUUUGCACGGGCGUACACGCGCGUCGCGGACUGGCUCUGCAUCCACCAUCUGUGCGCCCCUCCCUCUGUGACUCGCAGCUUCGCCGGGAGCCCUGUGGAUGCUGCUGCUGUGAAGAAUAUAUUUACGCUUCACGAGCAAAGAGAGAGGCAGACGUAAUAUCUGAAUGCGUAAUUCGCGGUGGGAUGCUUUGAUGCGUGAGCUUAUGGGUCCGUGUUAGUGAAUGCGGUCCCAUUUGGAGACAUUUACGUGUAACAAGCUGUUGCUUUUAGGUGUAGCCUGCAGCUGAGGCUCAUAUGAAAACCCUUCAUUCUCGGUGGGAUUUUUCCAAGGGCACCAAAAUGCGGCAGCGAUGAGCUGCGAGCGAGUCAGAGGGAGGCGGUUUGAGUUGUCAGAGUCACAUCCAGGGUUCAAGCUCUCCUCCCUUUGGUCCACUGCCUGGUUUUUAGGGGAUGCGACGUCAUGUGCUGAUCCCGUCUGACAGAUGUGUUGCAGAUGCACAGGCACAGAUCGCCCGAUCCCGCUUGUUAUUUUUACGAUGAUUCUGUAAGAGGAAAGGAGGAGAAACGCUUCUUAUGAGAUAAAUGUUCGGUCCCCUUCUUUGUGCAAGGACGGAUCGAAACCUUCGUUUAUUUUUCGGCUCUGCAUAAGAUGAUACCUGGAUCUGCCGCAUCAAUGCUACCGUCUGCAGAAGCCGCGAAAUUGUACCAGACCAAUUACGUCCGCAACUCCCGUGUCAUAGGACUCUUGUGGGCCAUUUUCACGAUCCUGUUUGGCAUCGUAAACGUGACCAUCUUCUCGCAGCCCUAUUGGAUCGGGGAUGGUGUGGACACCCCGCAGGCCGGGUACUUCGGCCUGUUUCACUAUUGCAUCGGGGACGGACACUCCAGGGACCUGGACUGCCAGGGCAGCUUCACCGAGUUCGCCGCUAUCCCCUCCGGUGCGUUCAAGACCGCCUCCUUCUUCAUUGGAAUGUCAAUGAUGUUGGUGGUGACCUGCAUCGGCUGCUUCAGCCUCUUCUUCCUCCUCAGCACCUCCACCGUGUAUAAAAUCUGUGGCUGGAUGCAAGCAGCAUCAGGUAGGUUCCGAGACCUCAAUCCCCUUGCUGUACCAUUAAAUAUGAACACUUGGCACUGCAAUUACAAAGUGAAUAGCCUAAAUCAAAAGUCAAGAUGUUUUGGCGCUUAGUGUCUUUUUCUUCUU